CGCUCCCCUGCCAUGCUCUAUCGUGACGACGCUCGUCUGGGCCGGGGUACCUACUCCGCAACGGCGGACGAGCCUCAAACCUUCGAACCGCGUCAUCAGCCGUCACGAACCUCCCGGCGCACGCUUCAGAUCUUCGUGCGAUAUGUCCUAUUUCUUUUCCACCCCGGUGGAUAUCGAUGUUGUCCUCGAGGAAUUCGACGAGCGCCAGGCGGUCGACGUCAAGCUCGACAAGAACCGGAAAGAGAAGGUACCGCUGUAUCUCGAUGGCGAAUCGGUCAAAGGUCAGGUCACAGUAAGGCCCAAAGAUGGAAAGCGAUUGGAGCAUACGGGCAUCAAGGUCCAGUUCAUUGGGACAAUCGAGAUGUUCUUCGAUCGCGGAAAUCACUAUGAAUUCCUCUCUCUAGGCCAGGAGCUCGCUGCUCCCGGUGAACUCCAACAUCCCCAGACUUUCGAUUUCAACUUCAAAAAUGUCGAGAAGCAAUACGAGUCAUACAAUGGCAUCAAUGUCAAGCUGCGCUAUUUUGUGCGUGUCACAGUAUCCCGGAGGAUGGCAGAUGUGGUCAGAGAGAAAGACCUUUGGGUCUACUCGUACCGCAUACCGCCAGAGACCAACAGUUCAAUCAAGAUGGAUGUCGGCAUCGAAGACUGUUUACACAUUGAAUUCGAAUAUUCAAAAUCCAAAUAUCAUCUCAAGGACGUUAUAGUAGGCAGGAUAUACUUCCUUCUAGUACGGUUGAAGAUCAAGCAUAUGGAGCUUUCAAUCAUACGGAGAGAAACCACGGGCGCAGCGCCCAACCAAUACAACGAGAGCGAGACUCUGGUCCGCUUCGAGAUCAUGGACGGUUCUCCUUCAAGAGGCGAAACCAUCCCAAUCCGACUCUUCUUGGGCGGCUUUGACCUUACUCCCACAUUCCGGGAAGUGAACAAGAAAUACUCUACCCGGUAUUAUCUUAGUCUGGUACUCAUUGAUGAAGACGCACGACGAUACUUCAAACAAUCCGAAAUUGUUCUCUUCCGACAAGCUCCCGAGGGAUUGACACUAGCACAGGAACAAAAUAAGUUGAUGGCAGUGUCAUAA